UAGGUCUCAACCAUGCAUUUGUGGCCUACUUUCAGGACCAUUUUUGACAUUAGGGUGUUAGAUUAUUCUUCAUUUUUUUCAUACAUCAUGCAUACAAACAAAUGGAAUCAUGAUGGUGUCCCCAUCACUUGGGAUGACGGUGCCUUUAUUACUUGGAGUGCAAGAUUUUCAAUACCUUUGAAAAAUUGUAAUCAGAAAACAAAGAUUUUAGAUUACUUUUGGCCUGAAUGAUGAGUUGUUAACCAAUACAUUCAAGAAAUCUUUUUGCUGUUGCUUGAACCUUUGUUUUGUCUUUCCCCACCAUUUGAAACUCCAAUCAUAAACCAAAACAAAACAAAAUUGUAAACUACAGGCACAACUUCCAUUUCCAGUACACAGUAAGGCUCUUUCCUUCUCUCUGUUUUCCUUUACUCCUUGCUUCCUUCCACCCGAAAUGGACCUCCAAAACCUCUUCAUGUCCUCAAAACCUUUUCAUAUAUGCAUAUUUUUCUUCAUCUUCUUCACUUUAGCCAAGCACAUACUUUCCCUAGACGCAAAAUUUCAAGCCUGCAUGCCUCGAACUUGUGGCAAUGGUCUAAAUAUAAGCUACCCGUUUUGGAUACCUCAUGAGCAAGAAUCUUUCUGUGGACUCCCCAGCUUUGAGGUCAUCUGUAGAGAUAGAAACUCGUUUUUCUCAAUUUCCAAUGUCGAGUAUAUCAUUAAGGAUAUCUUUUACGCCAACUAUUCAUUGCUCGUCGCCAAUGCUGCUGCCUAUAAGGACACAUGCCCUGCUCCUUUGCACAAUAUCAGCACCCAUCGAACUCAAUUGGAUCUUAGUUCGGAUAAUAGUGAUUUCUCCAUCUUCUACAACUGCACAUCAUUGCCUGAUUACCCUAUAUUUGAAAUAGAGUGUGCUAGCAAUAGUUCCCAUCUGUAUUCUUUCGCCGUUUUCCACAAGGAAGGACUGGAGCAAAACUAUUCUUCAGGAUCGUGCCAGGCUUUGGUUGAAAUGCCUGUAGAUGUGCAGAGUGGAGUCAACUUCACAAGCUUAUUGAAAAUGAAUCAUACUGAUAUUAUGAAGAUGGGUUUUUUGUUGAAUUGGAGUGGACAUAAUUGCAGCAGUUGUGAGAUAAGUGGUGGACGGUGUGGAUUCGAUAGUGAUAAGUUUGUUUGUUUUUGCCAAGGCGGGCCUCAUCUCAAAACAUGCAAUGAUGUUACAGCUAAACGGAAUCCGAACUGGCCGAGGAAGAUUGGCAUAGGUGUAGGCUCAGCUAUUGGGGGCGUGAUCAUAACUUGCAUCAUCUUCUUCAUCUGUCAAAAACGCUACAAGAAGAAAUAUGGGCUGCAAUAUAUGCCUUCCUCCUUUCUGUCUCGAAACAUCUCUUCUGGUCAUCCUUCCUCCACAGCGACAGAUGAUCCUGAGAUGGGAAGUAAGUACUUUGGAGUUCAUCUCUUCAACUACACCGAACUUGAAGAAGCCACAAACAACUUCGAUUCACAUAAAGAACUUGGAGAUGGUGGCUUUGGCAUUGUCUACUAUGGCAAGCUUCGAGAUGGGCGUGCAGUAGCAGUAAAGCGCUUGUACGAAAACAACUACAAGAGAGUCGAGCAAUUCAUGAAUGAAGUAGUAAUCCUUACUCGCUUACGCCACCGCCAUCUCGUCUCACUUUAUGGCAGCACAUCUCGCCACAGCCGUGAACUGGUGCUGGUUUACGAAUACGUACCCAAUGGCACUGUUGCCGAUCAUCUUCAUGGCGAACGGGCAAAACCUGGUGCACUUCCUUGGCCUAUUAGACUGAACAUUGCCAUUGAAACCGCAAGUGCUUUGACAUAUCUCCAUGCAUCUGCUAUCAUCCACCGCGAUGUGAAAACCAACAACAUUCUUCUCGACGACAAUUUCUUUGUCAAAGUUGCAGACUUUGGACUGUCUCGUCUCUUUCCAACGGAUGUCACCCAUGUUUCUACUGCUCCACAAGGGACUCCUGGCUAUGUCGAUCCUGAGUAUCAUGAAUGCUACCAGCUUACUGAGAAAAGCGACGUUUUUAGCUUCGGAGUGGUGCUAAUUGAGCUCAUAUCAUCCAUGCCUGCUGUUGACAUCACAAGGCAUCGACACGAAAUUAAUCUAUCUAACAUGGCUGUCAACAAGAUCCAAAACCAGACAUUGCACGAGCUUGUUGAUAAAACUCUUGGCUUUGAAUCAGACAGCAAGGUCAAGAGAACGAUAACUGCUGUUGCUGAGUUGGCAUAUCGGUGUCUGCAACAUGUCAAGGAGAGCAGACCAUCAAUGGCAGAGUUGCUGGAAGAACUAAAUGAUAUACGAGGAAAGGCGUACAUUAACCACAAGACACAGGAGGUGGAUGUAUCUGCAGAUGAUGCUGCUUUGUUAAAGACUCAUUCGCAGCCACUUUCCCCGGAUUCUGCUCUAAAUUGGAUUGCUAGCUCUACGACAUCAAGUCACAGUACAUAAAUCUACCCUUUUCAAUAAAUAUAUAUAUAUUAUAAAAAAAUCCUAUUGGCCAUGCAUCCAUAAAUCAUAAUUAAGGCUAAAAGGUUGUUACUGCACAAGAUGAUCUUCUAUACGAUGAUCUCUUGAUUUUGAGUAAGAGAUGUAAAUAUUAUUUCAGAGCUGUCAUGGGUUCUCUUAAUUAGGUCCAGUACCUUAUAUAUAGCUUUUCAGAUUGAUUUAUUCGUUUAUAAUAAAGAGUUAUUUCAACUGUACACCAGCAUUGCAGAUAUAGUAAAGAUGAAACCUUGUCAUAGUAAAGAGUGAAAUAUGUGCUUCAGAAUUUAAUUUGCUUAUCA